GAAUGUAAAAAAGACACAAGAAUCUUGAUAGAAAAAAGAACUGUAAUAAGACUUCUCAUAGGAUAUGCAUAUGCUGUAAAAAAUUAUCUACGUGAAGAGGAAGGAGAAGAUUUCAAAGAUGAAGUUAAACCUUUCAUUUCGAACAUAAAAUCAGAUUUACCUGGAUUCAAACACCUAACUGGGGAAAGUCAGAAAACGGAGGGCAAUGUAACCAAAUUUUUAGAUAUAUUUAGCGUUAGUAACAAAAAAAAGCCACAUCAACGUGAACACAUCAAUAACUACAACCUUCCUUUAGAAAUUUCUUUAUAUAUUUCUGAUUAUAUUACAACUCAAUUUCGGCUCAAGAGGAUUGGUGUCCCAUUGUCCAAUAAUUUGAUAGUUAAUGUUAAUUUGUUGACAGAUUGUUUGUCAUCUUUUGAAAGAAUUUUGAGUACACCGAUUCCUUUAGCAUAUUCUAUCCAUUUAUCACAAACAGUAUGGAUUUAUUGUCUCAGCUUACCUUUCCAAUUGGUUGGGCUCACCGGUUGGUCUAAUAUUGUUAUUGUAUUCUUGGCUACUUUUAUUUUGCUUGGUAUUGAAAGAAUUGCUGCAGAAAUCGAAAAUCCUUUUGGAACUGACCCGAAUGAUUUAAACUUGGAUCUUUUUUGCAAAACAUUGGAAGAAGAAAUUAAAAAAAUCACAUCCCAGAAGAACCCACCAAACGUUAAUGACUGGGUGUUCAACGAAGAAAACCAUCCAUUUGGAAGUCAAGAAAUUGAUGCUCUCCAUGCAAAAGAUUUACCUUUCGAACGAAUAGAUUCGCUUUCUAAAAAAAUUGAUAUUGAUACCAAAUCCGUCAAUGAAGAUAAAGUUUCUAUUGAUAUUGAUAAUG